CCGGCGGCGCCCGCGCAGCCCCCGCACCGCGGCUCGGCCGCGCAUGGACGCGCGCUCCCGCCUGCACCUAUGCUGCUUGGAGAUGACAAGCAAAAGGAAGCUCAUCGGCCGCCUGGUGCCGUGCCGGUGUUUCCGCGGGGAGGAGGAGAUCGUCUCCGUGCUGGAUUAUUCCCACUGUGGCCUGCAGCAGGUGCCAAAGGAGGUCUUCAACUUCGAGAGGACCCUGGAGGAGCUUUACCUCGAUGCCAACCAGAUUGAGGAGCUUCCCAAGCAACUGUUCAACUGCCAAGCCCUGCGGAAGCUGAGCAUCCCCGACAACGACCUGUCCAGCCUCCCGACGUCCAUCGCCAGCCUGGUCAACCUCCGCGAGCUCGACAUCAGCAAGAACGGAAUUCAAGAUUUCCCAGAAAACAUUAAGUGUUGUAAGUGUUUAACAAUAAUCGAAGCCAGCGUCAACCCCGUGUCCAAGCUGCCAGAUGGCUUCACACAACUUCUAAAUUUGACCCAGCUCUAUCUAAACGAUGCCUUUUUGGAGUUUCUUCCAGCUAACUUUGGAAGACUUGUCAAAUUGCGAAUUUUGGAGUUAAGAGAAAACCACUUGAAAACUCUACCAAAGUCAAUGCACAAACUGACUCAGCUGGAGAGGCUCGAUCUGGGCAAUAAUGAGUUCUCUGAGCUGCCUGAGGUUCUUGAACAAAUCCAGAAUCUGAAGGAGCUGUGGAUGGACAAUAAUUCCUUGCAAGUGCUACCUGGGUCUAUAGGGAAGUUAAAACAGCUCGUGUACCUGGAUGUGUCCAAAAACAGGAUCGAGACGGUCGACCUGGACAUCUCAGGCUGUGAGGGGCUGGAGGAUCUCCUCCUCUCCUCCAACAUGCUGCAGCAGCUCCCAGAUUCCAUAGGAUUGUUGAAGAGACUGACAACUCUGAAAGUGGAUGACAACCAGCUCACCAUCCUGCCCAAUGCCAUUGGGAACUUGUCCCUGCUGGAGGAAUUCGACUGCAGCUGCAACGAGUUGGAGUCGCUGCCCUCCACCAUCGGGUACCUGCACAACCUGCGCACCCUGGCCGUGGACGAGAACUUCCUCCCGGAGCUGCCCAGAGAAAUUGGGAGCUGUAAGAACGUGACUGUGAUGUCCCUGCGCUCCAACAAACUGGAAUUUCUGCCUGAUGAGAUUGGCCAGAUGCAGAAGCUGAGGGUGUUAAAUCUGAGUGAUAACAGACUGAAGAAUUUGCCCUUCACUUUUACCAAACUCAAAGAACUGGCAGCCUUGUGGCUUUCUGACAACCAGUCCAAGGCCCUGAUCCCGCUGCAGACCGAGGCGCACCCCGAGACCAAGCAGCGCGUGCUCACCAACUACAUGUUCCCCCAGCAGCCCCGCAGCGAUGAAGAUUUCCAGUCAGACAGUGACAGCUUUAACCCCACUCUGUGGGAGGAGCAGAGGCAGCAGAGAAUGACGGUGGCCUUUGAAUUCGAGGACAAGAAGGAAGAGGAGGAGAAUCCAGGGAAAGUCAAGGUUGAGAUAAACCUCAAACGUUACCCCACGCCGUACCCCGAGGAUCUGAAGAACAUGGUGAAAUCUGUGCAGAACCUGGUGAGCAAACCCAGCCUGGGCGUGCGGCCCGAGAACUCGGCCCCAGCCGCCAACACCGACCCCACGGGCAAGGACAAGUACGAGCACAAGUGGCCCCUGACCCCCAAGGAGAUCUCCGUGGAGGAUGCCUUUGGACAUCCUGGCAGCGAGAUGAGGAUAGGGGAGCUCCGUCCUUCCAUGCCCGAGACGCCGCUCUACCCCCCAAAACUCGUCCUGCUGGGUAAAGACAAGAAAGAGUCGACAGAUGAGUCUGAAGCAGAUAAGAUCCAUUGUCUGAAUAACAGCGUUUCCUCAGGCACUUACUCAGACUAUUCCCCUUCCCAGGCUUCCUCAGGGUCCUCCAACGCGCACGUAAAAAUGGGCUCCCUGCAGACCACGGCUAAAGAAGCAGUGAAUAACUCUUUGUGGGGGAACAGGCUGGCCCAGUCGUUCCCACAGCCCCUGGAGACCAAGCCAUUGCUGAGCCAGCGGGAAGCGGCUCCGGCCGGGAACGUCCCGGCGCGCCCGGAGCGGCGCCCGCUGAGCGACGCCUUCGCCGACAGCUGGAACGACAGCUCCCACUACGACAACACGGGAUUCGUGGCCGAGGAGAGCGCGGCAGAGAACGCCGGCACCAACCCCCUGCUGAGCACCAAAUCCAGGAGCUCCUCCGCCCACGGGCGCCGGCCGCUGAUCCGGCAGGACAGGAUCGUGGGGAUCCCCCUGGAGCUGGAGCAGCCCGCGCUCAGAAACACACACGACUCUGAAGUGCCUCCUCCCAAUCCUUGGCAAAAUUGGACCAGAACCCCCAGUCCUUUUGAAGACAGGACAGCUUUUCCUUCCAAACUGGAAAGCACCCCCAACACCAGCCCUUUGCCCGAGCGGAAAGAUCACGUCAAGGAGUCUCCCGAAAUGACGAGCACUUUCACUCCAGGAAUUCCGUGGGAAUAUCACGACGCCAACGCUAACAGGAGCCUCACAAACGUCUUUUCCCACAUGCACUGUCGCCCAGACCCUUCCAAAAACGUCAUCUCCAUCAGCAAGAGCACGGAGCGGCUGUCCCCGAUGAUGAGGGAUCUAAAAACGAACAAGUUUAAGAAGUCGCAGAGCAUCGACGAGAUCGACAUCGGUGCGUACAAGGUGUACAACAUCCCCCUGGAAAACUAUGCAUCCGGGAACGACACCGUGGGCCCCCACGAGAGGGUGGACAAGCUGCUGGGCCCGGAGCACGGCGUGCUGAGCAUGUCCCGCAGCCAGUCCGUGCCCAUGCUGGACGACGAGCUGCUGACCUACGGCAGCGUCAAGGUGCAGCCGCAGCACAAGGCGUCGGUCACCAAGAAGGUUUAUCAGUUCGACCAAAGCUUCAACCCCCAGGGCGCCGUGGAGCUCCCGGCCGACAAGCGGCUCCUGCCGCCCUUCCAGCUCAACGCCGAGUACCUGCCCCAGCCGGCCAAGAGCCUGCCCCAGGAGCUGGUGAGCCCGCGGGGCUACCGCGGCUACGCGCCCGUGGAGCCCAUGUUCUCCUUCUCGCAGCCCUCGGUGGGCGAGGAGCCGGCAGCCGCCCCGUUCCCCGGCCCGGCCGCGCGCCCCGGCUUCCUGCGCAGGGCGGAUUCGCUGGUCAGCUCGGCGGAGAUGUCGGUGUUCCGCAGGGUGGGCGAGCCCCAGGAGCUGCCCCCGGCGGACAGGUACGGCCGGGCCCCGUUCCGCGGCGCCCCGGAGCGCCAGGGCAGCAUGGCCGUGCCCGAGGCCCAGUUCCUCAAGCGCAACGGGCGCUACGAAGACGAGCACCCUUCCUACCAGGAAGUGAAAGCCCAGACCGGGAGCUUCCCAGUUAAAAACCUCACACAAAGGAGGCCCCUGUCGGCACGAAGCUACAGCACAGAGAGCUACGGCACGGCCCAAACGCGGCCGGUCUCAGCGAGGCCCACCAUGGCAGCUCUGCUGGAAAAGAUUCCGUCAGACUAUAACUUGGGUAACUAUGGCGACAAGCCUUCCGAUAGCAGUGAUAUAAAGCCGAGGCCUCCCCCUGGGAAGGGAAAUGAGAGCUGUGCUAAAAUGCCCGCUGACUGGAGACAACAGCUACUUAGACAUAUAGAAGCUAGAAGGUUAGACAGGAGCGCUGCUUACAAACACCACACAGUUAGCCUUGGCAUGCUGCACUCUGGAGGGGUUUCAGCCAUGCAUGCCGGCCGAAGCAUGACUUUAAACUUGCAGCCUAAAUCUAAAUUUGAAAACCAAAUGCUUCAAGAGCUACCUCUACCGAAAACCCCGUCGCAGCAGAGCAGCCUCCUGGACAACGGGCAGGACGAGGUGGCCGUGGGCAGCCCCUGGACCCCGUACCCGCUGGGCCGGCGGGACGUGCCCCCCGACACCGUCACCAAGAAGGCAGGUAGCCACAUCCAGACGCUGAUGGGCUCGCAGAGCCUGCAGCACCGGAGCCGGGAGCAGCAGUACGAGGGCGGCAUGAACAAGGUGACCAUCCAGCAGUACCAGCCCCCCCUGCCCAUCCAGAUCCCGUCCUCGCAGGGCUCCCGGGCCCCCCAGCCCCAGCGGUGCCUCAUCCAGACCAAGGGCCAGCGCAGCACCGACGCCUACCAGGAGCAGUUUUGUGUGAGGAUAGAGAAGAAUCCUGGCCUUGGGUUUAGUAUCAGUGGUGGAAUAAGUGGACAAGGAAAUCCAUUCAAACCUUCUGAUAAGGGUAUCUUUGUUACUAGGGUUCAGCCUGACGGCCCUGCCUCCAGCCUGCUCCAGCCCGGAGACAAAAUCCUCCAGGCCAACGGACACAGCUUUGUACACCUGGAACACGAGAAGGCUGUGCUCCUACUGAAGAGUUUCCAGAACACAGUAGACUUAGUUAUCCAACGUGAGCUUACUGUCUAAAUAUUUUUUUAUAAAUAGUAAAUAUGUCUAGCCAGAUCUAAUGUUCAAAAGGAUUUAUACAUAGGAAACCAAUUUUUUGCCAAUUGCUGGACCAAUGGCAAACAGUAGUGCCAAAUGUAUAAUACUCUAUGUUAGUACCAAUCAUCGGGAGAAAAUAUAAGAAUUAACUCUAUAAAUAUAUUGUUCAUGUGGCUCCGUAUUAGUUUUACUUGUCAGCCUCUGGCUGUGCAUUGGUGCGUUUUUUUAACCAAGUUCCUUCUUAAAAGUCAAUUUCAUAUGAUUUCAAAACACAGAAGCACAUACAAAUCCUUUAGGAAUUCUGCUGUCCAUCAGAAACACUGCCUCAAAGUUGUAUAUGCCUUUAUAAAGAUGAAAUAUAUUAACCUGUACUUCCCAUGAAAUAUUUCUAUCAUGUCGCAUACGAAAGUAUAGAGAAGAAAAUAUUUUCAUAAACACCUCAAAGAAAGUAUAUAUUAAAUUAAAUUUAAUAAUGUUCAUUUAUUUUCAAUGCAAAGAUAUUCUAUGCCUUAUGAAAAUACCUGUACAUAUGCCGUGUGUAUAGCUGGCUCCGUAGGGAUCAGGAACAAUUCACUACACAGGGUGAGAGACUUCUCCAGCUGUAACUCUGGGACCUCGGGACAAGGAACCCACGUGGGAAUGGGAUGGCUCCCUCUGGAAUGGAAUCGUUCCCUCUGGAAUGGGAUAACUCCCUCUGGAAUGGGAUAACUCCUUCUGGAAUGGGAUAGCUCCCUCUGGAAUGGGAUAGAUCCUUCUGGAAUGGAGUAACUCCUUCUGGAAUGGGAUAACUCCCUCUGGAAUGGGUGAACUCCCUCUGGAAUGGGAUAACUCCUUCUGGAAUGGGAUGGCUCCUUCCAGAACGGGAUAGAUCCUUCUGGAAUGGAGUAACUCCUUCUGGAAUGGGUGAGCUCCCUCUGGAAUGGGUGAACUCCCUCUGGAAUGGGAUAACUCUUUCUGGAAUGGGGAUAGCUCCCUCUGGAAUGGGAUAGAUCCUUCUGGAAUGGAGUAACUCCCUCUGGAAUGGGUGAACUCCCUCUGGAAUGGGUGAGCUCCCUCUGGAAUGGGAUAACUCCCUCUGGAACGGGUCAGGUUGGACGGGGCUUGGAGCAGCCUGGGACAGCGGAAGGUGUCUCUGCCAUGGCAGGGGUUAAGCAAGGUGAGCUUCAAGGUCCCACCCAACCCAUCCCAUUCCAUGGUUCUACGAUUCCAGCUCCCUCUGGAAUGGGUGAGCUCCCUUCAGAACAGGUUAACUCCCUUUGCUUUGGCUCUUCCCUCGAUUCCAUGUGCACACACUACAGGAGAACACCGAGGACAGGCAGGUUUGGCUCACGGAUGGAGGAAGGUUGUGAUGGUGGCAGUAAAACUCCUUUUGUUGCUGCUAAUUUAACUCGUUAAUUUUUCAUUUCAGACUCCCCAUUGACAUUGUUGCGUAUUUUUCCCCCCUGCUCCAGGCCCUGGCGGGCCCUGCUCGGGAUAUUCCCAUGGGUGAGGCAGAAUUUCUGGGAUCCUGGCCUGGAGUCCUGGAAAGGGAUGGGCACAGACACAUCCCAGGGAGCAGCAGGUGACCCCGAGCCAGCCCGGGAGGAGCAUUCCCAGCACAGGGCCAGUGGGACAGCCCCUCGUGUCCUGGGGCUGUUCCCAAGGGAGAAUCCCAAAGCCCAGACUGUGCCCAGCUGCUGCUGCUUCAGGGGUGCCAGGGUCCAGCCUGGUUAUCCCUGACAGCAAAAUGGGAAAGCCUCCUGCAGGCGUUUUCAGGGGAUCCCAGUGCCCUCGAGCAACGGCCAGGGGCUGAGGGACAGCUGGCUCUGGGAUCACCUGCACCAUUCCCACCCAAAAUCCCACAGCCAAGGGUGCAGCCACAGCCCACGGGGAUGUUCCACUUCUCCAAGAAUUCCCAAACCUUCUCUCUCUGGCUGUGGGCAGCUGCAGGCCCAGGGAAGCCUCCAGGACCCUCCACCCCUAAUAAUUUCCCAUUUUCCCAGUGCCAGCUCACAGUUCCUACCCAGGUGAUGGCAAACCAGGAAAGUUCUCAGCCAGUUGUUCCCAACAGCGACCAUUUAACAUCCUCAAAUCCGGUUUCAUGUUUUCCAGGGUAUUUUUUAACACAUCCACCUCUGCAUCUGUGUUUGGUGGCAGUGCCAGCCCUGGGAGGGGACAGGGGGCCACACACAGGGAGCAGGCAGGACCAGACUGAGGGUGAAUGGGGCAGCUGAGAGCAGAGCCAAGGAAAUCCAGGAAAAACCUGAGUAGGAAACGUCCAGGAGGUUGGUUUGCUGUUGGUAGUGAGCACUUGGGAGUGUAAAGAUGUUAAAACCCUUGGUUAAAGCCCUUUGCAGGGCCUGAAGGGGCUCCAGGAGAGCUGCAGAGGGACUGGGGACAAGGCAGGGAGGGACAGGACACAGGGAAUGGCUCCCAGUGCCAGAGGGCAGGGAUGGAUGGGACAUUGGGAACUGGGAAUUGUUCCCUGGGAGGUGGGGAGGGGCUGGGAUGGAAUUCCCAGAGCAGCUGUGGCUGCCCCUGGAUCCCUGGCAGUGCCCAAGGCCAGGCUGGAUGGGUUUGGAGCAGCCUGGGACAGGGGGAGGUGUCCCUGCCAGGGCAGGGGUGGCACUGGGUGGGCUCUGAGGUCCCUUCCCCCCCAGCCCAUUCUGGGAUGCUGGGACCCCCCUGUGCUGUAAUUCAGCACUGAGUUCCUGAUGCAAUCAGAAAUGCCUCUGCACAGAGCUCGGAGGGGGAAUGCGAGGACAGGGAAAGCAAAACCAGGGAAAUGACCCCCCCCCAGUGGGAUCAGCUGAGGGCAGGGCUCCGGGACAGCCCCGGGUCCCGGGGGGAUCAGGGUGUUCAUUCCCAGGCACUGCCCAUGGAUGAGGGAUGUCCUGCUGGGACCCCCUGGCCAGGCAGAGCCUGUCCCACAGCAGCAGGGUUGGGGACAGCUCCCAGGAUGGCUCAGGGGGUGACAGAGCUGCGGGGUCAGCACCCACCCUGGCAGGUUUUGGACAUAAAUAAACACAGCAGGUCCCACCUCAGCACGAGCAAGAACUUCUUUCCCUGGGGGUGGCAGAGCCCUGACCAGCUGCCCACAGUGGGUCUGGGCUUUCCUUUGGGGACACCCCAACCCCAACCCGGACACGUCCCCGUGUCCCCUGCUCCAGGCUGGGCCCGAUGGUGUCCAGAGGUCCCUCCUGUGAUUCUGUGAACUGGUGGGAUGUCACAGUUAGAAUUUCCAAAGGAAACUGGGGAUGCUGUGCCAGGUGGAGCUCCCUGCCCGUGCCCGUCCCUCGCCAUCCCUUUGGAAGUGCACAGUUCCAGGGCUGUCCCUGGCAGGCCCAUCCCGUGCCCAUACAACUUUCUGGGCAGCAGUUUGGACAGGAUACGGAUCCAGGGAUCCACGGGGAGCUGGCCUGGCCCUGGAGCCACGGCCAGGCACAGCUGUGGUGCCACCCCCCAACCCCAAAAGGCACCAUUUGCAAAUCACGGAAUUUCAAACCAAAAAAAAACCAAAAAAUAAAAUAAAAAAAAGGAAACCCCGAUAAAAAGCUUUUUGCCAGUCCUCUCCCUGGCCGAUUCCAGCUGACUUAGUGGAAGUGACUGACUGACACCAUGGCAUGGGUCAGGAUUCCUGGCACUCCUGGCACAGCCCAUGGCACAAGAGGUGGCACUGGGGCCUUUCUGCGUCCCUUGGGUGGCGGUGGCUGUGUCCCCUCCCUCCUUCCCUCCUCCUCCUCCUCCCCCCCGGGCAGGGCACUCGCUCAUCACUUCGGUUUUCUACCUGUGAGUACUGUAUCCAGUUCAGAACCAACAGCUUCCUUUAGUAAAGAUUUUACCAUUUUAUAAAAGACAUGUUUAAUUAUGAUGGAGAUGGCUGUAUUGUAAUUAAUAUUUUGAGAUAAUUGUGAUUUUGAGCUUAAAUUAUAUACAGAAAUGGUCAUUUUUGUAUGUGUUCAAAGAUUGCUAUAUUCCAGAUGACUGUACUUUUCAGUUGAAUUCCAGUAUCCAUGUAAAUAAAGCUGAAUGAGGAAAUA